AAACGGUCAAAAUUUGAAGAUAAGGCCAUCUUGUGUGAGUGAGUGUUGGUCUUCUUUCGUUCUCCAUGGCUAAACUGAUCUGAAAUGUUUUCAGAGGCGUAACAAUGGCUUUGCUUCAUUCUAUGAAUGUUCCACAUUGCAAAUUUCCUUUGAGUAGAUCUUCAAAAAUUAUUUUGAGCUCAUCUUUUGCUUCUUUGCCACUUCAGUUUAAUAAAAAUGUUAUGAGGUUAGAAUCUUCUCUUAUACCAUCAGCUUCAGCAGCUGCUUCACCGGCGUUUCCAAUUGACGUUGAGUAUCUCCGGAGAGAGUUCUCUGGCCAUGGAGCCACUUUCCAGGAUAUCGGUGAGACAUGUAUUGCUAAACUAAAAAUGGACAAUGGGAGUUCAGCCAAUGUUAUGUUGUCACGUGGGAUGGUAACAUCGUACAAAGUCAGAGUAUGGCACGGUGGCAAAGUGGAGCUUCUCCACACAUGGGUGGAACAAGAGGAAGAAGAUGUAGUGAUACGAGGAGGUGUUUCAUCUGCAUUUACUUCAUCAGAUUCUGAUGAUGAGAUCAAUGAAUGGAGACUCCAUGGGAUCAGUGGAGAUUCAAAGGAUUGUGUUCAAAUGGAGCUUAGAAGAAGUGACAAGAAGAUCAAAGAGAUUGAAAUGAAACAGAUUAUAUGUCUGAGAGAAGAAACACUCAGCAUUGAGAUUUUUGUGACAAACAAAGGCAGUUCACCAAUUAGGCUCAAGGGUUGUUCACUUGUAAGUUAUUUGACAGUGAGUACACCAGAAGCUACAUAUGCAGUUGGGCUAGAAGGUUCUGAUUUUGUGGAAACGACUCCGUUUCUCCCUCGUUUCGGAAUGGUUCAAGGCGAGGAAGAAGAAGAAAGAUCCGGGUUUGGUGGGGAAGAAGAGAGCAACUACAAACAGUUGAAUGAAGAGAUGAGUAGGAUUUACACAUGUGCUCCAAAGAGCUUCACUGUCAUUGAUAGGGGAAGACGAAACUCAGUGGUAGUGGGAAGAGAAGGAUUUGAAGAAGUGUACAUGUACAGUCCAGGUUCAAAACUUGAAAGUUACACAAAGUCUGCUUAUGUCUGUAUUGGACCAUCUUCAUUGUUAAGUCCAAUCUCUUUGGAACCUGGUUGUGUAUGGAGAGGUGUCCUUCAUCUUCACAAUCCUAAUUCCUAAGGCGUCUUCUUUUAAUAUAAUAAUAACUUGAUUGGCUAAUUAAAAGGUAUCAAAACAGUUAUUUUCAA